GUCAGACAUGUCACUUCACAGUCAUGAUGCAAGGUAGCUCUUCAUUCUCCAGGGAGAAUAUUCACUAAACACCGGACUUUUGAUAGUAUUUCUACAAACUACAGAAAUGAUCCGAAUCAACAACACCCAAUAUUUCCACUUCCUGCAGCAGGCGGAUGCUUUGCGUCGCUCAGGGUCGCUCUGCGAUGCCAUCAUCUCAGUAAAGAGUCAUACAUUCAGGGCUCAUCGGCUAGUACUGGCUUGUGCUAGCAGAAGAUUGGCACAGCAGCUAGCCCAAGUUGACACAGACAGCCCAGCCCACUGCACUCUGGAGUAUUUCUCGCCACGCACCUUCCAGCAGGUCCUGGACUUCACCUACACCCAGGCUCUUGAGGUGUCUGUGGAAGACCUGUAUCUGCUGCUGAGAGCUGCUCAGCUGUUGGAGAUGCAGCAGCUGGAGGACCAGUGCCGGAAACAGCUGGAUACGCUCGACUACAGAGCCAGGGAAGAGGACACAAGGGGAGAAAUCACAGAUGUCAAAAAAGAAAAAGAAUGCGCAAAGGAGACGGAUCAAAAGAAAAAAGGAAGUCCAGUUGACGAGGAGAAACUCCAAGAGACUUCCUCGACAAGGGAGGAAGCAAGCAACAGCACUGUCAUGGAAAACCUUUCACCCCCUGAUUCUGUUAAGAACCACAGUAUCUCGCUAUCCCCAAGAAAAAAGCCCAGACUGACCUCUUUGUCAUCAACACCCUACAACAGAAACAGUGUUAUUACCAGGCCUGGCUCCAGCAUUUCCUCUUUUUCUUCUCCCUGGCCUUUCCCUACAAACAUGUGGAACUCUAUGACCACCCUGACACGGAUAGCAGAAAACUAUUCAAACUUAAUUGCAGCACGCCCUCUUCAGUCCCCAAAUCAGUCCUCUAUAGCAUACCCAUUCUCCCUCUCCACUCCGCACAUGUUCCCAGUACUGGGCCCCCACUUUCAAAACCAAGUUCACAACUCUGUAAGGGGCUACUCAGGCUUUCAUCCAUGUUAUACACAAAACCUUUACGCUGGAUCUACAGGGAUGGAAAGCAUAAUCAAGCAAGGCCUGCUGAAAAGAAAAAAACCCAGCCAGAGAGCAUUUAGCAGGGCUGCUCAGCCAAGUUACACCGAAGUACCCAAAGCCAGCACGGAGACAGUUAAAGACUGCCAACACUGCGAUACAAGUCUCCUUGGUGACCCAGUGCUGCGGGAGUCAGCCUCCGCACCAUCAGUUGUUCGCACAGGUGAGGCCUCCGCAGGGUGUCGGUUCUGCGGAAAAGGAGAUGUGGCGCAGCAUGAACCACAGUCCAAUCGACAAGACAACAGAGGAGAAAAACCCUACCAGUGCCAACACUGCCCCAAAAAGUUCAGUCUGAAACAUCAACUGGACACACACCACCGAGUUCACACCGGGGAGAAGCCCUUCGAGUGUCGUCUCUGCGGUCAGCGCUCAAGGGACUACUCGGCCAUGAUCAAGCACCUGCGGACUCACGGCGGCGCCGCACCCUACCAGUGCACGGUCUGCCUGGAGUUCUGCAGCAGCCUGGUGGCUAUGCAGAGGCACGUCAAGAGCCACGCGGUGCAGGACUUCCCGCCCGACUGGAGCAUCAGCAGCACCUACCUGUACACCUCCCACAUCUGAGCCACGCCCCACAGCGCAGACACCUCCAUCCACGCAUUUGAGUCGAGGCAUCCGUUUUUUUUUUCCUGACGGAUGAAUCCCCGAUGAUUUUUUUGAAAAGCCCAGAAGGUCCUGUAACGACGCUUACCCUCGUCUUGAAGUCAUAAUAACACAUGAGAGGCACAGACUGGGGCUAUCACAGAUGUAGCAAUAACUUCCAUGAAAACUGAGACUGUUCUGUAUUCACAUUCACAACGAUAGAAGAGAGAAACGCAGCACUAAUUUCCAAUUCACAUCAGGCCAUGUUCAUGCAUUAAAGCUACAUCAACAGCUCAUCCUCAUCAAAUGACGCAGGUAUCUUCCCUCUUACUUUCACAAUUGUUGGACUGCUUGUGUACACCGUGUAAGUUUGCCUUGGGUUUAUAGCGCCCUCAUGAGGGCAACCACUGUAAUAAUCAGUUUUUACUGUAAUAGUGCCCAAAAUGCAACACUAUUUCAAUUUAUGGUGAGAUUUAUCCCGAAAAAUCCAAAUCCCUCUUCAGUUAAAAUUCAAAUGCAUCUAGUUCACCCUUUGAAAUAGUGACUUUGUUCUAGUCCUUAGUUAUUUUACUCUCAGAGAAAAGCAGUAAGAGAAGGUUGCUAGAGGAGUAAGUGCUUAAUCAGCAUCAGGACUUGAGCCUUGGCACUGCUUGUGAGACAAACGUGAGCCAAAUUCCACAUAUGGUGACAGUAUCUAGUUUAAUUUCCGGCUUUUGUAAUACUGGCACUGUCUAAAUCGUUAGACAGCUCAUUAUUGUCAAUUAUUAUUGUCAUUAUGGUCAAUUUUUUGGGUUGAGAAGAGAACAACAGAGCUUUUGCAGCUAUGUAUGUCUAGCUAGUCCGAAACAAUAGUCCAGCAUUUUCUUAUUUUUUAAUUCUUCAAUUAAAAAAAAAUGUUAUGCAUUGUCACUCACUGACUGCCUAUAACUUCAAAGGCAUGGAUAUACCGCAGUACAUGCGUCUCAAAAGUAAAUACCAAGUGGUAUUUAGCAACUGCCAUACCUCUGCAAAAGCACCACGCAAGUUAUAUUACUGUGAAGCUAUCCCAGCAGUCCUCGUAUUUAUGUACAGUAUUCAGUAUGUAACUAUACACUUCCUCCCAUUGAGGGAGCUUUCACUGGAGCUUUCAGGCCUGUUUCCACUGAAAGCCAUUUGUUUAAUUGUACAGCAUUAUCUUAAUGUGUAUGGGGUGUAAAGUAAAUAGGUAAAUAAAUGUUUAACUCAUCUUUCAUUUAUAGGCUUUAAUGAAUCAAAAUGCCAUAUCUUAGACUACUAAUGCAUCAAAUAACAAGCUUAGACACAACAACUAUCUCGGCAAUUCUUUGUAAUUUGUAUAGAUAAUAAAAGGUGUAAAUGUUAUACGAACUGCUGGGGGAACAAAGGGCAUUUGACCAUUUUUUUUAAAGAGAUUUAGAGAUUAAGAGAUUUAAAGAUGUUUCAAUUUCUAACGUCUUUACAUCCUGUCAUUACAUUAAUCAUUAACUGCACAGUCAGCAGAGUCAAAGAGUGCCAAUGAACUGAUUACCUUAAUUUUGACAGUGUGGAGAAGAAAAAGUCAGUGUGUUUUUUUCGUCAGAGUAUGAUAUGUGCUGAUUUAUAUGAAAACAUUUUCUUUCUUUCGUAUGCAGACUGAAGUAUUGAUAUCCCUCAAAAGUCCUUUUCAUUGCACUGGCCCAGCAGCAAAUGUUAUAGAGUGAUUACUGAUCAUUUGUUUGUAUGUGUGUGUGUGUGUGUGUGUGUGUGUGUGUGUGUGUG